CGGAGAUUGAAGGAACCGCUUUGACAAGCCACACGAUUUCCUCCGCAAUCUCCCUCCACCCAAUCCUGACAAAAUCUCUUCAGAUUCCUCACGCCCCACCUUCUCAACAUUUCAUUACUGAACCUCCAUUAACAUACUUCAAGCUCACUACGCUGCCUUUUGAAACUUUAACAAGUUCAUCAUCAUCAUCAUCAUCAUCGUCGUCGACCCUGAUAGCUAUGAGAUUGCUCUAAGAAUUCUGGACUUAUCUACUCUGUCGGCACCAAAAUGUUGCCUUUCUGUUCGGCGGCCUCCGGUUGCCAUCAUCAUUCUCGGUUGUUAUUCCCUGGAAUCUGGCAAGGCUGCUCUCCCUUACGGAGAGAUGUCAUUGACAGAUGCAGUGUAGGGGACAAUGCUUUUUCUGGUAUUUCGGAUGGUACUCCUCGGCAGAAGAUUUACUUAUCAAAUGCAACUAGGAGUUUCUUGCCUGAUGUUCUUGAAAACCCGGAAGAAUCAUCGCCCGUCGAUUUCUUCAGAAGUUUGUGCCCAGAUGAGUUCGACAACAUAAACUACAUGGUUUCUGACAGAGGAAGAGCUAGUGUCGGGAAUGAUUCUUGUUUUGUAAGAGACAGUGGAUUGACUUACAUAGACAAUGAUAGCGGCUCCAUUGUUGAAGACUUUGCUGAGCCAUUGAUGGAAAAGGCCAGUAGUACAAUCCCUCCGGUCGAACCAGAAACCAUUUCAGCCAUUGAAAUAUCUCCAGAGAGUUCUGUCUCUCUACCCGAAGUGAGAGAACUAUCAGGAGACCAAUCAUCACUUCUUGAUGUGAAGACUAGUUUCGAUGACUUUGCCUCUGGUGUCAACGAGUCCUUCAAUUCUUCGCUAAACAAAGGAGAAAGCACCUUAAAGAGCACUUUGGAUGCCAUCUCCUCUUCUUUAACAUCCAUUACAAAGAAUGCUUCUGAAGUUGUAGAUAGUGCUGUUAGAAGGGUGUUUUCUACUGUAAAUGAAACGGGAGAUGUGGCUGGAAAUAAGUUUUCGAGCUUUUCUAGUGACUUGAAGGUAGCUUCGAGCCGAGCCACUGUUGUUGCCAUUGAUUUGUUGAGGCAAACACUCAGUACUGUGGAGAAUAUUGUAACAAAUGGAGUAUCUUUCAUCGUAUAUUCUUACGGAUCAGCAAAGGAGUCACUUCCUCCGGAUGUCAGGAGUUCUCUAAGCUCAUCAGAAGAAGGUGCACUGAAAGUAUUGAAGCCUAUGGGAGCUGCUCUGGAGCAGGUUUAUAUUGGCAUCGAGGCGUUAGAGAGGAAUGUCGGCUUGAACCCAGAUGAUCCGAUAGUUCACUUCUUUCUCAUCGUUGGCACCUCAGGAACAUUUUGGGUUCUAUAUCGGCUUUGGGUAUAUGGUGGGUAUGCCGGAGAUUUGUCUCCUAAAAAGACCAUGGAGCUUUUAGCUUCAAAAGAAAAGUCGAUCCUUGUUGAUGUCCGGCCUGAAGCUUUGAGAGAAAAAGACGGGAUCCCCGAUCUUCGAAGAACUGCUCGUUUCCGCUAUGCUAGUGUGACAUCCCCAGAGAUCGAUGAUGCUGUAAAAAGGUUGCUGAAGGGUGGAAGAGAAGUUGAUGAUAUUCUAACAGCAGUCAUUAUCAAGAACUUGAAAGUAGUUCAGGACAGGUCCAAGGUUAUUGUUAUGGAUGUUGAUGGUACUUGCUCUAAGGGCAUUGCUAGAUCCCUGAGAAAACUUGGGAUUAAGAGACCAUAUAUGGUUCAAGGUGGAUUUAGAUCAUGGGUUAAGGAGGGUCUUCGAGUUAAAGAGCCAAAGCCGGAAACUGCACUUACCAUCCUCAACGAGGAAGCCGAGGCGAUUCUUGAGAGCAUAAAUCCAUCACCAUUGCAACUUGCUGGAGUUGGUGUGGGUUUUGUGGCAUCGUUAUACGCAUUUUUUGAAUGGGAAAAUACACUGCAACUCAUAGGUGUGGUUGGCCUCGGUCAGACUAUAUAUCGGCGGCUUUCUUCAUACGAGGACUCGGAGGAUUUCAAGCAAGACCUGAGCUCGUUGCUCAGACCCGUGAGACUUGGAGCUCAGGCCUUCUCGUGGGCGGCCGGAAAACUCGAGACGAAUGGGGUAGGCCUCCCAACGUCGCCUUCUUCUUCCGACGUCCAAAGUCGGGUGUUGCAAGCUGCUGCUAAGCAUGAAUCCAAGCCCUCUGAUUCCGAAGGACUUCAAGAUGAAUAUUCUGAAGGUACGGCUUCGGUUAGUGAGAACGUUGAUCUCUCUGAAGCAUAAAGGCUCCAACUUUUUCAUUUCUUUGUUUGUUUGGUGGCAAAUUCCAACUGAUAUAUUCACACAUAUAUACCCACAAAUGUUCCGGCGGAGGGAUCUGUAACGAGUGCAAGACCAGUGUAUAUGGGAAGUAAAUUUUAUUUAUAAUAAGUAUGGGAAAUUGGUAACGAAAAAUAUUAUAAAUUGACAUAUUUGAACAA